CCCCAACAUAAAAAGCCUUUUAACCCCCUUCUUUUCUAUUUCACACCCCACGACAUUUGUUUCUCUUAGCCAGCUCAUUCUCUCUCUCUCUCUCUCUCUCUGUAUGUCUCUCCUAAACGAUACCUUCUCUGGUAACACUUUCAACGUUUUCUCCACCAGAUCUCUUGGAGAUGCGAGCUUCAUGAGCGACUUCCUUUUUGUCUUAGUUUAACCCUUUGUGGUUUUCUGGGUUUUUCCUCUUAUACAAUACCCGUAAACCAAAAUCUUUUCUUCCUUUUUUUCGUUUUGGAUUUCUUUGUAUCGGGGCUGGAAGAUCUCGCUGUGGGUUUUUUGUUUUUUGGGUUUGCUUUAGCAGAGAGAGAGAUGGCGAGUGGGAUAGAGAAAGAGAUAAUGUUUAGCGAUGAAGAGUUGAGAGAAAUGAGUGGCGUCAAGAGAGGUGGAGAUUACAUAGAGGUUACAUGUGGGUGUACCAGCCAUAGAUAUGGUGAUGCUGUUGGUAGGCUUAGGGUUUUUAUCAAUGGUGACCUUGAAAUUACCUGUGAAUGCACCCCUGGUUGUAAUGAAGACAAGCUGACUCCAGCUGCAUUUGAGAAGCAUUCUGGAAGAGAGACAGCAAGAAAGUGGAAGAACAAUGUCUGGGUCAUAGUUAAUGGGGAAAAGGUCCCAUUGUCAAAAACAGUAUUGCUCAAGUACUACAGCCAAGCAUCAAAAUACGCCAAUGGCUCCCACAGAUCCUGUAAUGGACGAGUUUCUCAUCGUGAUGAGUUUGUUUGCUGUAACAAGUGUAAAAAGAAAAGGAGGUUCCGAUUACGGACCAAAGAAGAGUGUCGAAUUCACCAUGAUGCUUUGGCUGAUCCGAACUGGAAAUGUGCUGAUCUGCCGUUUGACAAAAUCACAUGUGAUGAUGAUGAAGAACGGGCGAGUCGGUGGGUGUACAGAGGCUGCACCAGAUCUCCAACAUGCAAAGGUUGCACCUCCUGUGUAUGCUUUGGGUGUGAAAUCUGUCGUUUCUCAGAUUGCAGUUGCCAGACAUGCAUCGACUUCACAAGGAAUGCAAAAGCUUAAGUCCAAUGAUAAUGGCUUUUAGCAUUAAUGAAGAUGUUACCUUUUUUUUUUUUUUUCGGUGCCAUUUUAUGGUCAUCGUUAAUUAUUUCCAUUUGAUCCCAUGUCCCAUAUUUAAGAAAGCCUCUAGUGACAUUCUCUUUAUGUUAAAACUCGAAAAUUCCAGUUUCUGGGCUCAGCAUUCAUCCCAUUGGCUGUUAUAUAUCAUUGAAGUUAGUUAUUUAUCCUUCA